CGCGCCUGUGUCUGCUGCUGAGCGCGGCGUGCAUGUGUGGGGUGUGGCUGCUGCUGCUGUUCGUGUGGGUGCUGCGGGACGUGUGGCAGCAGGAGCAGCAGCAGCAGGGCGCAGCAGCAGCAGCAGCAGCAGCCUGCAGGCAGCAGCACCGCGAAAACCGCUGCGAAACCCUCAAACCCUUGCCCCCCUUUCUUGCUGCUCCCUGCGAAGAGUGGCGCCGCUGCUUCCUCUCCAAACCCUCGAGCCACGGCCAGACAGCAGCAGUUGCUGCUCAGGUUUUGGCCCGCGUCCUCAACGCCUUCGUCCUCACUCUCCACUGGAGGACGCUGCUCGCGGUCGUGGCGUUUUUGUGGCUAAGCAUUUACGGCUUUAAAGCUGUGUACAACGCACUCGGUGUGUCCGCCCCGCAGCAGCAGCAGCAGCAGCAGCUGCAGCAGCUGCAGCAGCAGCAGCUGCUGCUGCAGCAGCAGCAGCUGUGUGCCGCGUACCCC